AAAACUAUUGAUAAACAUUAGACACGUGUUUAGUUAACACUUAUAAUCAUUUAAAUUACAUUUAAUUAAACUUACAUUUAGUUUAAUAUCAAUCGGAUUGCCGUCAAAAUCAAUCGCUUUUCGCCACAACUCGUGUCCAUUUGAUUACAAGACUAGAAAUCAGUGAUUAAUGGCUGUCCCAAAGGGUAAGGCCUUAACCAAAGGCCAGAAGCAGAUCGUCGAAGAGAACAAGUCGUGUCUUCGCUUCUACACCAUUAUGUCCUCCGCAGCCAUGGUGAUUAUCGUGUUUUCGGGUGCCGUGUAUUUGGGAUCAAUCGGAGUCAUGCAAUACAUGGCGAAAGCCGUGUACUCACCGACCGGUGGUCUCAUCGACGGAGGCAUUGAUCUUAAUAUGAAGAAUGGAUUUGCAGAACAUUUGAAGGACUUGAUAAUACUGACCACUGGUGUCCAGAGUUUGUCGUUGAUAUCCAAUUAUUUUUGGAUUUUAUGGCUUCUGGCUCCGGGUUAUGCCAUGUAUAUGCUGUGGGUGAAUAUAUUAGGACCAUGGUUCUUUCAACAACCAGAUCCACAGCAAACAGAAGCCGAGGACAAAAAGCAGAAGAAAAUGGACAGAAGAAUGAGACGAAUGCAAUGAUUGGAUGAUUAGUUGUGUAAUUGAUUUGUUUGUUUCGUUCCUUAGACUGUAUAUAAAACUAUUAUUUUUAUUUUAUUUUAAUAAUAAAAUGGAUACAAAGAUAAUCG